UAAUGGCCGCCAGUGGCGCAGUGGUGAGUGACAGAUAGGCGACGACGGUCCGUUCGAGCGCCGCAUCAUCCCCGGGGUGUUCGCGCGUGUCGCGCGAGUGAUAGAAUGUUCGUUUCCAUCUGAGAUAGUGUAGGAAAGAAAGAAAGGAGUAUUAAAAGUGUGCGUGUGCGUCGUGUUGUGUACGUCUGAGAGAGAAGGUGAAAGAUAGGGAGAGAGCGAGCGGUGCGGCAACCCGCCACUGUCCCCGGCGCCGGUGGGAUGAUCAAGGAUAUGGCGGACGAUGAGGCCAUACAGGCCACCAACGACGACGCUAGCGAGUGCAAGCGAUACGCGGUGCAGCUCGGCUACUGGUGCGACCCGUUCAUCAGCCUGUUCGUCAAACAGACCGCUCGGAAGGCACCCGAGAUCAAUCGUGGCUACUAUGCCAGAGUCAAGGGCAUCGAGCUCUUCGUCGACAAGUUUCUCAAGCUGUCUGGUGGUAAAGGUCAGAUCAUAAACUUGGGUUCUGGAUUCGACACUCUCUACUGGAGACUCAGGGAAGCAGGGAAUAGCCCUGGGAACUUCGUGGAGCUUGACUUUCCUAGCAUAACUGCAAAGAAAUGUUAUCACAUCAAAAAGCACAAGCAAUUAAUCGAUAUGCUAAACACCGAAGACGGAGAAAUCCGAUUUUCGACCACAGACUUGCACGCAGCAAAUUAUCAUCUGGUUGGUACAGAUUUGCGACACAUAGCGGAGCUAAAUAACAAAUUGGCCCAAGCCGAAGUCAAUUUCAAUUUACCCACUAUGUUCCUCGCAGAAUGUGUUCUAGUAUACAUAGACGCUAGCGCGACAUCGUCACUAUUGAAGUGGCUAGCGAGCAAGUUCCCGAAUAGUCUGUUCGUCAGCUAUGAACAGGUGAACAUGAAGGAUAAGUUUGGCCAAGUCAUGCUGUCGAAUCUGCGUAGUCGUGGGUGCUUAUUGGCGGGCGUAGAGGAUUGCGAAUCGUUAGAGACUCAACAGAGACGCUUUACCAUAAACAAUUGGGAAGGCACGAGCGCGUGGACGAUGGUGGAUGUUUAUGAUUCACUGCCUGUAAUGGAUCAUAGUCGAAUCGAGCACAUAGAGAUGCUGGACGAGCGAGAACUUCUUACUCAGCUGCUCCAACAUUACUGCAUCGCCGUUGCUUGGAACGGACAAACGUUUAAAAAUCUGUCAAUAGCACAGGGUUAGGUAUCGCCGCCUGACCUCUUUUCUCUGUGUCUCUCUCGCGAGUUACUCCAGGUAAAUGACGAAUGUAAUUUGGGCUUGAUGGGCCCUCAUAAGUUACGCAAUACCCUGAUCGACAGAGCAGGAGAUUAAUGUUUUUCAGAUUGCGCUUAAGUACAUCCCGAUUAAUUAAUCUCGACGAGUUGAAAUAGUCUCGCGAGGAAAUAGCGUCCUCGAGUUAAAAAAGAAAAUGCUUUAAACUUUUCGUCGUACAAAAACAUUGCUGUAAUGAUUUUUAUAUAAGUUUCAAGUAUGUACUUCGUUCUUUGCUAAGUGCGUAUGUCACGAACGUUGUUUUAACGAGUGCUGCAACGAGAAAGAGAGAGAGAGGUUGCGAUUGCAACGAUCGAAUCACGCAAGAUACGUAUGCAAUUAACCGGUAUGAACAGCGAUUGGACAAGUUUUGGUAUCCUUUCGCAAACGAUAGUUUUCCAGUCAUUCUAAUUUACGUGCGACAUAUCUGAAUUAUGUGUGCAAAAGAUCGUCUCGCUCUUCGCCACAGAUUUAUGUAUAAAGUUUUACGGACGUUAUGAUUAUUAUAGAUUGCUAUUGUUAUAUGGUUGCGGCCAAAUGGCGCGACACGAUGCGUAAAGAGUAAUUUAUUGUAUUACGAGGUAUCAUUGAGGAUCAGUAAUUCAACUUAUUACGUUUUUAUUAUCUUGUUUGUUAUCCGAGUAGUAUAAUUUUUUUGUUUUAAUAAAUAGAAGUUAUAGACUUCGUGCUGUGGUUGCGAAAAAUAAUUUCGUACGUACAAAUCUGUAAAAUCUGCUCUUUUUAUCUGCAUUCUUCUACGAUUUUCGUGUGUAAACGGGAAAUACGCUCUCGCAGAUAGGAAAAGUCUAGAGAUAUAAAGAACUAGAAAAGCAUGUAGAAAGUACAGCUAAAAAGACGCGGAUCUAUAUUUUUAAUCUUUCACCGCGAAUACAAAGCUAUUUUUCUGAAAAACACAUUCGUACAUAGAACUUGGAUUCUACGAAAGUCUUAAUAUAUGUAAUUACGAUAUUUGUGAAA